UGUAAUGAGGAAGCUGUUGGUUCUCGCUUUCAUCGUAGCUACGGCCUAUGGAUGUGGUCUUCCCAUUUUCUCUCCUGUGCUGAGCAGAGUGGUGGCAGGACAGGAUGUUAGGCGUCACAGCUGGCCCUGGCAGAUCUCGCUGCAGUCAGACAGCAGCGGGGGCUGGAGUCACGUCUGUGGAGGCACUCUCAUCUCCUCCCACUGGGUUCUCACUGCUGCUCACUGUAUCAGUGACCGCUACAACUACAGAGUGGAGCUGGGCAAACACAGUCUGAAGGCGAGCGAGGAGGGCUCCAUAGCUGUGAGGGCAGCGGACAUCAUCACACAUGAGGACUACAACGUCCUGCUCAGCCGUAACGACAUUGCCCUGAUCAAGUUAUCUUCUCCUGUCACCUUCUCUGACACAAUCACGCCGGCCUGCCUCCCAGACCAGGGUGUCGUCCUGAGCCACGGUUCUCCCUGCUACGUCACUGGCUGGGGUCGACUCUCCACCGAUGGUCCUCCGGCGGACAUCCUGCAGCAGGUUCUUCUGCCAGUCGUCGGCCGUGAGAUCUGCUCACAGCCCGACUGGUGGAGCGUCCUGGCAACAGACAAGAUGGUCUGUGCCGGUGGAGACGGCAUCAUCGCGGGCUGUAACGGAGACUCUGGUGGACCUCUGAAUUGCCAGAACCCCGAUGGCUCCUGGGACGUCCACGGGAUUGUGAGCUUUGGCUCCGGUCAGGGCUGUAAUGUCUUCCAGAAACCUACAGUCUUCACACAAGUCAGCUCCUACAUCGGCUGGAUCAACACAGUUAUGACCAACUACUGAAGAAGCUAUUCAAGGGUUUGGUUUUGUAUUUAAUUACCCCAAAAACAAUGAUCUAUGAUGUGUUUUCUUAUGUCUGCUGAGAUGUUUCAUUACUCUGCAAGUGGGACUUUGACCAAAGCAUCGAGAAAUGUGUCUUACCUUUCAGCUUUCAGCGUAAGGAGCAGCAACUAAAACAAGAAAAUAGAUUCAAACAUUCAGAAAAAAAAUCACACUGAUUGAAUGAGAAUAAUAAUCAAAGGCGAAAUACACAUCUUACACACUGGUUCCAUAAAAAACAAACACUUUUAUUUCUCAUAAAAUAUUCAUGAGAUCAAUUAUUUUUGCUCUUCCGGGGCGGACAACACUUUCCACAAACACAAUUUAAACUAUGACAGACAAGUAUAUAUUCACAGUACACACAGUAUAAAAGGAAAUAUAUGUAUAUAA